UAUUUGCUAUUUGCGGACCCACCGAAGAUUUUUCUUCACUGGUUUAUCCUGCGAUGCAAUCUCUAUAUAAGCAAAGGAAGCUGAAGAAGUUGCCUUGGGAAGACUGAAGGUCUUGUUUCGGAACCACAUCAGAUAAAAGGGUCAUCUCUUUGGUGAGUUGAAGGAAGCCAAACAAGUGUGUCCUCGAGAAGAAUGGAGAUCAUGAGAAUCGUUUCAGAAGCAAAGGAGCUCGAUCAGGCUGCUGUAGAUCACAGUGCAACCGUGAUGGAUUCUAAUCCACCAUUCGUUGCCACCUACAAGAGCCUCUUUAGCAGUCGAGCAAGCAUGAACCACGAAGCCGAGUUACUGGCGGUGGAGUGCGACCUCCCGCUCGUCGACCUCAGCCGUCUAAACAGCAAGCUCGAGGCGAAGCAAUGCAAGCAAGAUAUCAUCACUGCCGCCACGGAGUGGGGCUUCUUCCAGAUAGUGAACCAUGGCGUGUCCAACAGUCUCUUGGCAAGACUGCGACGACAACAGGUAAAGAUGUUUCGGCAGCCGUUCAAGAAGAAGGUCCUCGACUUCUCCGACGACAGCUACCGCUGGGGGACACCCACGGCGACCAGCCUGAAGCAGCUGUCGUGGUCGGAGGCGUAUCAUAUUCCUGUGUCUUCCGCGAACAAGCUUGCAAGAACCAGCACCAACAGGUGUGUGAUAGAGGAGUUCUCUGCGGCAAUGGCUCAGCUGGCAAAUCAACUGGUCGAUACACUUGCAGAAGGAUUGGGACGCGAUGGCACGUAUAUCAAGGAAAACUGCACGCGCAAUUCGUGUUAUCUGCGACUCAACCAUUAUCCGUCAUGCCCACUCCCCGGUGAAGUGUUUGGGUUGGUUCCUCACACUGACAGUGAUUUCCUCACCAUCCUGUGCCAAGACACGGUGUGUGGGCUGCAGUUGAACAAGGCUGGGAGAUGGGUCACCGUCAAGCCUAAUCCUAACGCGCUGAUCGUCAACAUCGGCGAUCUAUUCCAGGCUUGGAGCAAUGGCUUAUACAAGAGUGUGGAGCACAGAGUCAUGUCGAAUCCACACCUCGAGAGGUUCUCGGUGGCCUACUUCGUUUGCCCCUCCAAAGAAACAUUGAUCCAGAGCAGUGCACUGCCAGCCAUCUACAGAAAGUUCAGCUUUGGAGAAUACAGGCUGCAAGUUCAACAAGACGUCAGGCUAACCGGUCACAAGGUUGGGCUUACGAGGUUUCUCGCUUGAAGCGGAUGAAACAUAAAAGACUACAGCAGAUGCAAAGUUUGUUCCACAUUUCUUCUUCCUUCUUUUCUCCGGAGGGGUUUAGAUUCUUAGUGUGUUCUUCCAUAUCAACUUUUUUUGCCAAGAAUAUUAGAUUUCGAAAUUGUCGUCCUAGGAAUUAAUGUGAAUUUGUCAGAGAACCAAAUCUACUGAAUCUUUUUGCACACCAUCGAUCAGUUGGUCUUUGAUACAGGUCAGAAAACCGUAGCUUAAAUGUCGAAACAAGUGUAGGAGGAAUGUGCUUUUAGUCCCAAUAAAUUGUUUUCUGUGUCCA